AUGCGCUUGUCGCCAGUGCCGCUUCGGCGGCGCGGCCCACGCGUAGACGCGCCAACCUGCGUGAGGUGUAUGUACCCCUGGCCAGGAAGGCGCGUCAUGUCUCGUGUCAGUUUUGAGAACCCAAACAGAGCGCAGAAAGCCAGUUUCGCUUCACCUGAGGCGCUUGCCAUGUGGUCUGUGCCAAGAAGACAUACGGCAGACGGUUUCUGUCUCGCGAGAGACAGGCGGAGGACGUUGUCAACGCUCCUCUCUUGUCAGUUUGAGGCUUCCCCUGCGCUUGGUCAGCGAGACCGCUUUUCGCCUGUUUCUCCUGGUUUCCUCUCAGCUCCAUCAGGUGUUCUUCCGUCCUUCUGUUUACCUCGAACUUUCCCACUGACGCAGUUGUGUCAGUCUCCGCUGGCUCUUCAGAGUCUCGGCUUCAGUUUCUCUUCUUCGCCACUGGCGACGGGGCCUGAGGCUGUUCGCCUGCUUGCACCAUCUCCUUCGAUCGUCCGUCUCUCUCGUUUCCCGCUCUCCACUUUGUGUCAUUCGACUGCCUUUCUCUUGUCUCCUUCCUCUAAGGCUGCCCCGUCUGUACGUUCUUCCUUUUCUCCUCCCGCGUCUCCAGUCCAUGCCAGCGCGCCUCCCUCUUCUUCUCCUCAUCCCGCUGCUUCUCUUCAUCCGUCUUCAUCCCCCUCUCCGUCCUCUUCGUCCCCAUCUCCGUCCUCCUCUUCUGCGUCUUCUUCCUCCAACUCGGAUUCGUCUGAAGGCUCUCUGCGUGUUUUGUGGAGGCUGAUGGAGCACGAGCAGCUUCGUCUCUUCUUGGUUCUGCUUGCGAUUCUGUUGAGCAGUGCAGCGCAGAUGCUGUUCCCCCUCUACCUCGGACGCGUAGUCGAUCGCUUCUCGAAACAGUCUCCUGUCUCCGCUCCGUCUCCUUCGUCGAUGCUCGCUGCUUCGUCUUGUGGCGACUUGUCUCCUGCUCCGUCCCCCUCCUCCUCUUCCUCCUCUUCUUCGGGUGCCUCCUCUCCUCAUCCGCCUGCCCAGAGAGAGGCCGCUGCGCAUCCGAAUGUGGGCGAAGAUGCAGAGGAAAGAGGACAAUGCGGUACAGAAACGCGAGCAGGAGGGGACGCGGAAGAGGCGAAGAAAACAACGCCUUCUUCUGUGGCUCCCAGACCGGCUUCGCCUCAACAGGCUCUCCUCCUCGGAUCGAUCUCUGCUGUCGACAACGGCGCGCUGAUCUGCGGAGCGCUGCUCUUUCUUGGCGCUGCGACGUCCUUCCUUCGCCUCCUUCUCCUGGAGACGACUAUCGAGAGAAUUGCCGCGCGUCUACGCUUAAAGUAUUUUUCGCAUCUUCUGGGGGAACCGACGACCCGCUUUUCUCUCGAAAGUUCAGGCGUCCUUCUCAAUCGUCUUUCAACGGAAGUUACGCAGACCAGCCGCAUCCUCAUCGACCUCUCCUUCGGCAUUCGCUGCGCCAUCUCUGCUUUUGUCGGAGUCGUCGCAGCCUCCUCGUUGGCACCGACUUCGUUUCUUCUCUCGCUUCUGCUGCCGACGGCGGCUGUGGGGUUCCUCUUGCGAGCGACUGCGAAAUGUUCGCGCCGCCUCCAGAGGGCGCAGACGCAUGCACUGUCUUCGACACUCGCCGACGCCGCGCAGAUCUUGCAAAAUCGAAAGUCGGUUCGAACUCUGAAUGCGGAGGCCCUGGAACUUUCAAAGUUCAACGCAGGCUUAGAGGGAGUCUACAAAGUAGCACGACGCAGCGCCGUCGCUGUCGGUGCGCGGCAUGGACUCGUUUUCGCUCUCGGGGGAGGCUUUCUUUUGCAUGUCAUUCAACGAGCAGGCAGCUUCAUUUCCGCCGGGGCGCUGUCUCUUGGAGACGUCACAGCUCUCGCCAUGUACUGCGUCAUGGCAGGCUCGUCUCUGCAAGGCUGCGUGACGGCCUACGGGGAUGUUCACCGAACGCUGGGCACCGCAGGAAACGUUCUGAGUGCUCUCGCUCAGUCCGCGUCUGACGAGAAGCGACCUGGAGGCGUCGCUACAAAAGCGGCUUUCAAACGACGCCUUUCUCCUCUCUUCGCGUCUUCCACUUCUUCCUCGCCUGCGUCCUCUCCUUCUUCUUCGUCUGGUUCUCUCUCUCCUUCUUCUGGGUGGGGUCUAGGUCGUACACCUGGUUGUGGGAGAGCGAGAGGAAUGGACGUUACUUUUAAAAAUGUCCAUUUCGCUUAUCCGGAUCGGCUGGCGCAGCCUGUGCUUCGUGGCGUGGACUUGCAUGUGCCAUCUGGAGCUUUUCUUGGUAUUUUAGGUCCCAGCGGCAGUGGAAAGUCUACUCUCGCUGCCCUUCUUCUGCGGCUCUACGAGCCAGAAGAGGGUGAAAUUCGAUUCAACAACACACCGAUUGGGAGCCUCGAUUCUCAAUUUGUGCGAAGCCUUAUCUCUCCCGUCACUCAAGAGAACCUCUUGCUGGCGAAGAGCGUGAGAGAGAAUGUGGAGUACUCGGUGCAUGCAGACGACUUGUUGAACGCCACACAAACGUCGCCGGCGGAACUUGCCCGGCGAGUCGACGCAGCGUGCCGCCUCGCAGCGGUCUCCGAAUUCGUCUCCCAGCUUCCCGAGCAACUUGAAACGCUUCUCGACGAAGACGCGCUUUCGCUCUCAGGCGGACAACGACAGCGCAUCUGUCUCGCUCGAGCUCUCUGUCGCCUAGCUCCUUCUUCUCCUGCUUCUGCUUCUUCUCGCGAACUUCCCUCGGCUUCCCUUUGCGGCGAAGAGACGCGAGGACCUUCUCUGCUUCUUCUCGACGAAGCGACAUCUGCGCUGGAUGUACCAACAGAGCGGCAAGUGCUCGGCCAUGUAACGCAGGCGCUCGAAGGGAGAACGGCGAUUUUCAUCACUCAUCGACUGAGCGUUUUGGACUUCGUUGACCAUGUGGCGGUGAUGAGUGAAGGCCGCGUCGUCCAAAGUGGAGAGAAGGCGGCUGUCCUUGCGGCGCCUUGCAGCGAACUCCGCCACAUCCUCGACUGCAAUGCCUCCUGCAACUGA